AUGGUAGCUGAGUUUUCCUUUUCUGGUUUUCACGAGAUCUUAAUUACUGGGAUGAUAUUUGUCUGUUUGCUGUUCUGUGAACGUGGAAUCAGCAAUGAGAUCUUUGGUGUGCAAAAGGAGGUCCUUGAUUAUGUUUUUCGUAGAAAAUGCUUCCUGAAAAAUUGGUGGGAAUCUAUUUUUUGUGAUUUUCCAGCUGUUUCAUUGAUUACCAAAGGGCAUGACAGUUUUGACGGGGGGUUGAUCUUUAGGUGCCAUCCAGCUAUGGUUUUCACUGCCAAUGAUUUACAUGAAUGGAAAGAUUUUCCCAAAGGUCUCAAGGUCCUUCUUCUUGAGGGAGACAAUAUUUCUGCUGCCGAGAUAAGGGCAAAGCUUGAAGCCAUGGACUAUAAUGUUUCUACAUUUUGUGAUGAGAAUGAAGCCUUGUCAGCGAUCGCUAGUAGGCCCGAAAGCUUCCACAUUGCCAUAGUGGAGGUGAGUUCAAGCAGUAGCCAGGGAGGUUUCAAAUUUCUUGAGAAUGCCAAGGACUUGCCGACCAUUAUGACAUCUAAGAACCAUUGCCUGAACACCAUGAUGAAGUGCAUAGCGCUUGGUGCAGUUGAGUUCCUCAGCAAACCACUCUCCGAAGACAAGCUCAGAAAUAUCUGGCAGCAUGUGGUUCAUAAGGCAUUCAGUCCUGGGACAAGUAUCCUGUCUGAAUCGCUUAAACCUGUCAAGGAAUCUGUAGUGUCCAUGUUGCAGCUCCAAACAGACAAUGAACAUCAUGAAAGUAGAGUAUCCAUUGAUAUAGAGAAAGUAACCAGGUUUACUGAUAAUGAUCCUGAUAAUGACCAUGAACUGUCUCCUGGAAAUGAUAAAUAUCCAGCUCCUUCAACCCCACAAUUGAGGCAUGGGACAAGAUUGUUAGACGAUGGUGAUUGCCAAGAGAAGACUAAUUGCUCAACAGAAAAAGAAAGUGGGGAACAUGAUGGAGAAUCUAAAUCUGUCGAAACUACAUGUGGAAAUUUGAAUGCUGAAACUGAAAGUACUCCUCAAGAAAGGAAAUCUGAAAUUACUUUGGCUAGGGAGGAAGUGGGUUUAGUUGAUGCUUCCAAAGCUGAGAGUUUUGCUUCUUUACAUACACAAAAAAGAAAGGUUCUAAGCAACACUGACAAAAAUACAAACUCUCCAAAUAAAGUAGUUCGUAGUGAUUCUUGUGUUAUAAGACCAAGUCGGAAGAAGAUGAAAGUAGAUUGGACGACUGAGCUGCACAAAAAAUUUGUGAAGGCAGUUGAGCAACUAGGCAUUGAUCAAGCCAUUCCUUCUAGAAUAUUGGAAUUAAUGAAAGUGGAGAACUUGACAAGGCAUAAUGUGGCAAGCCAUCUUCAGAAGUAUAGAAUGCAUAAGAGACAAAUCUUACCCAAGGAAGAAGAUCGGAAAUGGUUGAAUCAAAGAGAAAGGAGCUAUUGUGUUCAAAGACCAAUUAUGGCCUUUCCUGCAUAUCAUUCUAAUCACACCCUACCUCUGGCUCCUGUAUAUCCUAUGUGGGGACAAUCUGGCAGUCAAACGGCUGGCAUGCAGAUUUGGAGCUCUCCUGGUUAUCCCUUGUGGCAGCCAACUGCUGAAAAUUGGCACUGGAAACCAUUUCCAGGGAUGCACGCAGAUGCAUGGGGCUGUCCAGUGUUACCAGUACCAACUCCUCAAGCUCCUUUUCCCUACUCUCAGAAUAUGCCUGCGUUGCUCAAUGCUGAUGCAGCAAAUCACACGAUUACCAUGCUACAAAGUUCAGUCGAGAAUUAUCCGGCAGAGGAGGUGGUUGACGAGGUUGUGAAAGAGGCGUUAAGCAAACCAUGGCUACCCUUGCCUUUGGGCCUGAAAUCCCCCUCCACAGAUAGUGUGUUAGUUGAGUUAUCAAGGCAAGGCAUUUCCAGCAUACCUCCUAGGAGCAUGAAGGGUUCAAGUUCAGGCUGA